AUGGACACCAGCUACCUGUCGCAGCAGGUCACCACCAUCAUCGAGCGUCUGCAUGGCUUCUUCGACGAGAUCGGUGUGCCCAGUCAUGAGCGCGACUCGCGGGAAUCCGAGCUAUUCUCCGCCCUCUCCGAAACCCUUCACAACCAGCUCAACAUCGUCGCCAAAGAGAAACAUGAGCUCACCGAAAAGGCGCAAAGCCUCAUCAAAACCAUCCGGCAGAUGGAGCGUUCCCUAGACGACUCACGUCCACAGAGCGAAUUCGAGCAGGAGGCGGACGGUCUACAGAUCACGUUCCCAUUGAUCACUUGCAUACAAAGGCUGAAGGAGAAGCAUCAUGCGAUAUCCAAACUUCAUCGGGAACGCUUCGAGCAGGUGAAGAAGCUCGUCGAAGCUCUCCAAUCCUACGCGUCGCACCUCGAGCCGUCGUUCGUCAAGAUCAAACUUCCACCAACAGCGCCGAACGCCGAAAUCCCUCCGUCGUUUGACCUCUCUCCAACAUACGUCGGAAAACUCGACGGCGAGUUCACGCGAGUGUACGAAGAGUACAACAGACGUAUCACGGCCGUCUCACAAUAUGCAGAUGAAAUCAUCAAUCUAUGGUCAGAGCUGGGAGUCCCACAAGCCCAGGUCGACAGCCAGAUCGUACAGCACGCACGCGAAGCGCCGGAACAAUUGGGUCUCCACCAGGAUGAUCUCAAGCGACUUGUGUCGAAGCGCGACAAGCUCGUGGCCGAGAAGCAACAGCGAGAGCGAAAGCUGAAGGACUUGCGUUCGACCGUGGACGGUCUAUGGGAGAGGUUGGGAGUAGAUGAGAGCGAGCGGAAGCAGUUCCUCGCGGCCAAUCGCGGCUGCGGCCUGCGCCAGAUCAACGAGUUCGAGGAUGAGCUAUCACGACUCAACGAACUCAAGCGCCAGAACCUCCACAUCUUUGUCGAAGAUGCGCGGUUCAAGCUUCAGGCUCUAUGGGAUGAUCUGUACUACUCAGAAGAAGAGAUGUUGGACUUUACUCCGGCCUUCUCAGAUGUAUACUCUGACGCGCUCCUUUCUGCACACGAGCAGGAAAUCUCCCGAUUGGAGACCCUCAAAGAACAACGCGCCCCGAUCCUGGCGGUGAUCGACAAGCACCGCAGCAUCAUCAACGAUCGGCAGGAGCUUGAGAAGAGCAGCCAAGAUGCAUCACGGUUGACGUCCAAAGGCCAAAAAGGCGAGAAGCGUGACCCGGGCAAAUUGCUACGAGAGGAAAAGAUGCGAAAACGCAUCACGAAGGAAUUACCCAAGGUCGAGGCGGAAUUGCGCAAAACCCUCGAGGCCUGGGAGGAUGAGUAUGGACGUCCCUUCUGUGUCCACGGUGAGCGAUAUCUCGACGAGCUCGAAGCAGCAGCGGUCGCCAAAGCGCCACCGCCGAGAAGCAAGACCCCCAGCGCACUUCAGCCAGCGAGGGAGGCGCCCAAGAGCGUUGGCCGAAGUGGUGCGCCAGCGAGCAGGGCAGGUACUGUUCGCGGCCCUCCACCACCACGAAGUAAGACCCCGACUAUGGUACGGAGUGGCGCGACGAGUUCGAUGGCCGGCUCUCAUCUGGCACGAUCCAAUGUCCCUGUCUCCAACACCAACAACAAUAACACCAACAACAGCCGCCAGGACUACCCGGUCGCCCCACCCUCCCGGCAAACCAGCACGACAUCCUCCCUCCUCAGCGGCGGCACCGCGGGAAGCAGCAUCACCGGCGGCAGCGGCUACGGCGGCGCCAGCAGCACGACGGGCACGACCGUCAGCGGCGGCGGCGGCGGCAGCGAAAACUGGGAGUCCUACACCGACAACUCCGAGCUCGACGACAACGACGACGGCGACGCGGCCUAUUACGCCCACGUCCAAUCCCAGCAGCAGAGGUCCACGCUGUCGAAACGCCCCGCCACCGCCAACGGCAUGCACCUCGGCGCGGUCAAACGCGUGCGCGAACACGCCCUCGCGGAGCCCGACGGGCCGGCGGGGAGGGGCAUGACGAUGAUGAUGGGGAGUCGGGUGGGCAGCGAUGUGGCGUGGUCGACGGAGGACGAGGGCGUCGUCGGGGAGACGUAUUGA